ACCUUCCCACAGUGCAUGACUCUGCAGCACCAUGGCCACCCUGGGCAUCACUGUUGCCCUGCUGGUAUGGAUAGCCACCCUGCUGCUCAUCCACAUAUGGAAGCAGAUCUACAGUAGCUGGAAACUGCCCCCUGGCCCUUUCCCACUGCCCAUCAUAGGGAACCUUUUACAGCUGGACCUCAAGAAUAUCCCCAAAUCCCUCACCCAGCUUGCACAGCAAUAUGGGCCCGUGUUCACCGUGUACCUGGGCCCCCGUCGUGUGGUGAUCCUGCAUGGCUAUAAGGCUGUGAGGGAAGUUCUGCUCAACUACAAGAAUGAAUUUUCUGGAAGAGCAGAGUUGUUUGCCUUCGAGGCGCACAAGGACAGAGGAGUCAUCUUCAAUAAUGGGCCCACCUGGAAGGACACCCGGCGAUUCGCCCUGACCACCCUCCGUGACUACGGGAUGGGGAAGCAGGGCAACGAGGAGCGAAUCCAGAGGGAGAUGCCCUUUCUGCUGGAGGCACUCCGUGAGACCCAGGGUCAGCCCUUUGACCCCACCUUUCUCAUUGGCUGUGCACCCUGCAAUGUCAUAGCUGACAUCCUCUUCCGCAAGCAUUUUGACUAUGACGAUAAGACCAGCCUGAGGCUGAUGGCCUUGUUUAAUGAGAACUUUUACCUGCUCAGUACACCUUGGCUCCAGAUUUAUAAUAAUGUUUCAAGCCUUCUACGCUAUCUACCUGGAACUCAUAGAAAAGUCAUACGAAAUGUGUCUGAAAUAAAAGACUAUGCACUGGAAAGAGUGAAGGAGCACCUCAAGUCACUGGACCCCAACUGCCCCCGAGACUUCACAGACUGUCUGCUCACAGAAAUGAAGAAGGUAAAACACAGUGAAGAGCCUGGGGACAUCUUGGACAGCGUUGCUGUGACUGUGGCUGACCUGUUCUUUGCGGGGACAGAGACUACCAGCACCACUCUGAGAUAUGGGCUCCUGAUUCUCAUGAAAUACCCAGAGAUUGAAGAGAAACUUCAUGAAGAAAUUGAUAGGGUGAUUGGACCAAACCGAGCCCCUGCUGUGAAGGACAGGCUAGAGAUGCCUUAUAUGGAUGCUGUGGUGCAUGAGAUCCAGCGAUUCAUUGACCUUGUGCCCUCAAAUCUGCCCCACGAAGCAACCCGGGAUACAGUGUUCAGAGGUUAUGUCAUCCCCAAGGGCACAAUGGUAAUACCGACACUGGACUCUCUCUUAUAUGACAAGCAAGAAUUCCCUGAUCCAGAGAUGUUUAAACCAGAGCACUUUCUGAAUGAAGAUGGGAAGUUCAAAUACAGUGACUAUUUCAAGGCGUUUUCUGCAGGGAAGAGGGUGUGUGUUGGAGAAGGACUGGCUCGCAUGGAACUCUUCCUCUUCUUGUCCGCCAUUUUGCAGCACUUUAACUUAAAGUCUCUUGUGGACCCCAAGGACAUUGACCUCAGUCCCAUCACAAUUGGAUUUGGCAAAAUCCCACCCCAUUAUAAACUCUGUGUCAUUCCCCGCUUGUGAGUAUGAAGCAUCUCUCCUCAAAGGCUCCCACCCCCAAGACUCCACAAUGCAGGCUUGGAGUCCAUUCACUUUCUAGUGUCCUGAAGGGUAAUCAAGAAGACCACUCCAGCAAAGGCAGUCAAGGCUCCAGGGGGGAAAAUGUGGGACCUAGAGCUGAUAUCCAGAGUCAUAUACUUCAGACAGGACUUGAGAAGUCAAAAUUUUGUGUAAAACUGAGCAUAAAACUAUGAUUUAGUUUCAAUCUAUGUUAGAAUUUCCAAAAGCAAUGGUAAGAUUAUAUCAUGGUGGCUUAAAUUCUCCUCUUAUGAAAAAAGUAAAAGUAUCCUGUGAUUGAUAGCCCUUACAAAUAAUUGACAAAAAGGAAUCCAGGCACAGUUUUGUAGCUUAAAGGAUGAAAUAAUAUAAUAAAUAGACCCUUUCCUUGGA